AUGGUUAUUCCUGACCAUACAAAACUUAAACCUGUAUCGUCUCUUAUUGACAAAUUUGAGAAUAACCUUGACGAAAGUGUUGCUCGGUCCCAACCUCGUGCUCGCAGUCCCAUUCCUGGGAAGUUAAUUUCGGCUUUUGAAAAAAACAAUAGUAGUAAAGAAGAGUCGACUAGUCCAACUUCUGAAAGCAUUACUACAACAAAUGAAAAAGAAGCUAUUAAUGAAGAAAAAGAAACUGUUUCCAAUGGUGAAAAAGAAGAAACAGAACAGAUAACUUUAAGUGUUGAAGAGACUAAAGAAGAAGAAGAAGCUAUCCAUAAAGAAGAAGAAAUAGUGCAAGAAAGUGUGCAAGAAAGUGUGCAAGAAAGUGUGCAAGAAAGUGUGCAAGAAAGUGUGCAGGAAAGCGUACAAGAAACAAGCAUACAAGAAAAUGUGCAAGAAGAAAUUGUGCAAGAAAUUGUGCAAGAAGAAACUAAGGAGAAAACACCAAAGCCUACUACUACAUCCACCACCAGUGCCACCACUACCAGUCAUAAUGGUGGACCAAAAAAAGCUAUUAAAAAACCAAGUACUAGUACUAUCGGUUCUAGUAUUAAAAAACCUUCAUCUAUUACCCCACCUUCUAAAACAAAUUCUAAAAUUGCUUCAAGUUUAAAAAAACCAACAACGCCAACAACAUCUACAACUAAAACACUUGGUACAAGUUCAGCUUCUAGAACUAAAUCCCCUGCUACCAAUAAAACUAAUUCUUCUUCCCCCUCUAUUACUAAGUCUAAAAUUGGUGCUACUUCAAAUAAAUCUAAACCUACUACUACUACAUCGUCAUCGAUACAUCAAAAAUCAACAUCUAUAGAAAAAACUAAGCCAGCUGCUACCACUGCCACUAAAACAACAAAGAUCGCCCCCAAAAAAUCACCGACCACUACCACGUCUAAAAUCAGCUCGGCACCUAAAACUGGUACUUCUACUACAACCGAUGGGAAAAGUACAAAAGUUCAUCAACCUCAACGACCUACUCCCGGAG